CACACUGUCCUUUGGCCUGGAUGACCUCAUAUAAAUCCCCUCCUGUUCUAAUUCACUGCCCACAGCCCUGCUGAUAAAAGCAAAGCUCAUCUCUGCGCUGCUGCAGGGAACCCUGUUUCCUUCCCCUGCAGCUCAGGCGCCUCCUCCUCUCAGGUCUGCCAGCCAUGAAAUUUCUUUUCUUGUUUCUUGCCAUCCUUCUGGCCACAGAAGUACCAGUGAUAUCAGUAGAGUGUUGGAUGGAUGGACACUGCCGGUUGUUGUGCAAAGAUGGUGAAGACAGCAUCAUACGCUGCCGAAAUCGUAAACGGUGCUGUGUCCCUAGUCGUUAUUUAACAAUCCAACCAGUAACAAUUCAUGGAAUCCUUGGCUGGACCACUCCUCGGAUGUCCACAACAGCUCCACAACCGAAGAGAAAUAUACAUAAUGGAUAGAAAUGACUUUGUUUCAGAUUGUUUAGGCUCCACAUUUAAUUAAAACUCACAAAUUUA